AAUGGCAUAUCCAACACAUUUUGAUCUGGCCGUCUGUUUUUUGUUUUUAAAAAUGGCAACUACUGUUGUAGCAGACAAUGAGAUCUACGCAACAUUGUCAGUGAUUGUACACGGGGAUUUAGCUGAAUCUGCGCUGGUGAGACGAUUCAAACAAAAGCAAAUCAAGAUCAGAACAUCCUGGUCAGUGGUCAAGGGAUCCGUGAUAUUCCCCAAGGCGAAAGUGGCCUUUCUGAUCGUGGAGCUCACCAAACCAGCGACGGAUGGAUGCCCGGGCCAAAUUUCUUCUACCUCAGCUCUGGGAGCGAGCGACAUCGAGAGAAUGGACAAGUUUGUCAACAUCCACGGCCACUGCUACAUCGUGUUACAGGCCCCUCUCUUCACAGACACAGAGCUCAGUACACUGUCCUUCUUACAGACCAACUAUCUCCAACACAAAGUCGACGUGUUACCUGCUCACAGCUACGAUGAUUGUAUGACGGCAAUGCUGACCAUUGUAUCGCUACAGAUCCCGCCAAAAUCAGACCUCCUCCACCAGAGAUUUUGUGACCUGAUGACCGACAUCCUCAAGCCUUUCCCCGUCAAGAAAUUCUGAGCAAAAAAAUCUUGCCCCAAGUCAAGAUUUACAGGGGAAAAAAUAUUUCCAUCACGCUGCGUAGAGUUAAAGGAAAUUUAAUUCAAUGUCUGCCUAAUUUCGUUCCACGUCAUUUGGUUUUUUUAUAUUAUUAUUUUGCCAAAAUAUUGGGGGGUGGGGCCGUAUCAUGUCUACCAGCCCAUUACACCUGCAUUAUCUACCAGUCAAACACAGAAAGUUCAAAACAUCUUUCCAAAAUCAUUCUCCUGACAUAUCCAUUGAAAAGUUGUCAAACUCACCUCAAGAAAAUAAAAGUUUCCAGUUUGAUACAUUAUCUGCAGCACUAUCUUGCCUGACCAGCUAACUGUCAAACUAAUUGUAUCCGAAAGUUAUUGGAAAAAAAAAUGUUUCAUCUAAAAACUAAAUCUAAAAACCACAUCAGAAACCAGAGUAAUGAAAUCAAUAAUCCAGACAAUCCAAUUUCGUCCCAAAGUCGUAAAAUACAUUUCUUUUUUUAAAUCUAAUUUUUU